AUGGUUACUCUCACCGAGGUCGAGGACGAGCACUUCCAGCACGCUCAGGCUGGCCCUGAUAUCGAGGAGGACGACGACGAUUACACCGAUACUGAUUCCGAGAUCUCCAACGACUCCGACUACGAUCCUUCAGAAGAGACCCUCGCCGAGCGGUUAUACGCACUGCGCGAUAUCGUACCCCCCACCACUCGCUCUUGGUUCUCCAACAAGGCCAAUGCCAUUUCUAGCGCCACCUGGAGCGUCCUGUCCUUCAGCGGAAAGACCGCUUGGGUCGUCACCACCUCUGCUCUCUUCUUCGGUGUCCCCUUUGCCCUGUCCUUUGCCGAGGACCAGCAGCUCACUGCCAUGGAGCAAGAGUAUAACAUGCGACAGACAGGCGGCGAGCUCCUGACCGCUGGCGCCGAGCAUAACACUGCCGAGAAGGUUGGCGCCGCUCUUGACGGCAAGCCUAGCCAGCCUGCUCUGUAA